AAAAAGAGAGAGAGGGAGGGAGGGAGAGCGAAGGGGGGGGGAGAGAGACAGGGAGUACAAUUUGAGCCGAUCAGGUUCUCCCUGGGGUCCUCCCCUGUAACUUUUCCAACGCAGCUUUAGUUUUGCGGCGUGCCUUUAAGAACGUCUCUCGCUCUCUCUCCCUUCCUCCCUCCCCGGUUCUUCCCCGCCCCCCCUUUAAAAAAAAAGUUGCGUUCAAAAUGUUUCCAGUCCCUUAGAUACAGCAUUUUUAAAAAAGUCUUCAUCUGGGGACCUGGGCAUUUGCAACUCCCCCCCCCUUUUUAAAAAUUCCGAACGAUUCUCCGGUCUUGCUGCGCUGCUCCAGGUGAAAUUGACUAACCGGGCGGCAGGCGAGAGCGAGCGAGUGAAAUUGCCCAACCGACCAGCGGCUGCCUGGCGCUAGAUCUCCCCGGGUCGGUUCCACCACGGCGAGGCUGCAGACGGCCCCGAUGUAGAGCGGGGGAGAGAGGGGAGAAAGGUGAUCAAAGAAGAGAGGUGAAGAUCCACCAAGGAGAAGGCGGCGCGCACCGGAGGGGAGGGGGAAUUGUCCCCAAUCUCAUUUUGGGGGGGGGACGGGGGGGAGGGAAAGCGACUAUUUGUCGAGAACUGCCUUUUGCCUGCCCAUAGAACUCUCGAUCCUCGGACUGUUUGACGAACUUCUAAGCUACCCGUUGGCUGACUUUUCGGUUUCCCCUUUGUUAUUAUUAUUAUUAUAGGGGAGGGGGGUUGAUUUUGUUUUUUGUUUUUGCACGGAGAGAGGACUUUCAAGGCAACAAAGAGAAACCCCGAACGCUCGCCCAGUUCCCGAGUCCAGCAGGAUGGAGGUGACCACGGAUCAGCCGCGCUGGGUCAGCCAUCACCACCCGGCCGUGCUCAACGGACAGCACCCGGAUUCGCAUCACCCAGGACUGGCGCAUUCAUACAUGGAUCCCACGCAGUACCCUCUGGCCGAGGAAGUGGAUGUACUUUUUAACAUCGACGGACAAGGCAACCACGUCCCUUCCUAUUACAGCAACUCGGUGAGAGCCACCGUACAGCGGUACCCGCCGGCCCAUCACGCAGGUGGUCAGGUGUGCCGCCCGCCCUUGCUGCACGGCUCUCUCCCUUGGCUGGACGGGAGCAAAGCCCUGGGCAGCCACCACAGCGCCUCCCCUUGGAACCUGAGCCCCUUCUCCAAGACCCCCAUCCACCACAGCUCGCCCGGACCCCUCUCCGUCUACCCGCCGGCGUCCUCCUCCGCUCUGUCCACGGGCCACUCCAGCCCGCACCUCUUCACCUUCCCGCCGACCCCUCCCAAAGAUGUCUCCCCGGACCCCUCCAUCUCCACCCCGGGCUCCACCGGAUCCGGCCGCCAAGAGGAGAAGGAGUGUAUCAAGUACCAGGUCUCUCUGGCCGACACGAUGAAGCUGGAGUCCUCCCACUCGCGGACCGGCAUGUCCUCGCUAGGAGCGGCCUCGUCCUCGGCUCACCACCCGAUCACCACCUACCCUUCCUAUGUGCCCGAAUACGGCUCUGGACUAUUCCCCCCGAGCAGCUUGCUAGGGGGAUCGCCGACCGGCUUCGGGUGCAAGUCCAGGCCGAAGGCUCGUUCCAGCACAGAAGGCAGGGAGUGUGUAAACUGUGGCGCUACCUCAACCCCACUAUGGAGGAGAGAUGGCACGGGGCAUUAUCUCUGUAACGCCUGUGGACUGUAUCAUAAAAUGAACGGGCAGAACCGCCCUCUGAUAAAGCCCAAGAGAAGGCUGUCUGCCGCAAGGAGGGCAGGGACAUCAUGCGCAAAUUGCCAGACUACCACCACCACCCUCUGGAGGAGGAACGCCAAUGGGGAUCCAGUGUGCAAUGCCUGCGGACUGUACUACAAGCUCCACAAUAUUAACAGACCCCUGACUAUGAAGAAGGAAGGCAUUCAGACCCGAAACCGAAAGAUGUCGAGCAAGUCUAAAAAGUGCAAAAAGGUCCACGACAGCUUGGAAGACUUCCCCAAGAGCAGCUCCUUCAACCCCGCCGCCCUCUCGAGACAUAUGUCUUCCAUCAGCCACAUCUCGCCCUUCAGCCACUCUGGGCACAUGCUGUCCACGCCAACUCCGAUGCACCCGCCUUCUGGCCUGUCUUUCGGGCCUCACCACCCGUCCAGUAUGGUCACCGCAAUGGGAUAGAGCGACCCCGGGCAUCGGCGUGUGCGUGAGAAACAGACUUCCCUGCCGAAUGCUUUUUAAGUUCUCAAAAUGAGAGGUGCAUUGAUUCUACUUGCAUUGUUGCAGGAGAGGACUUCCCCAUUCCGAGCCCCGGACAUGCAAAUGGAAAAGCAAAGGAAAUUGAAUUUAAAGGAACAAAAAAAACUGGUUGAAGGUGUAGAACUUUAAAUCAUUGUGUGUGUGUGGGGGGAAAGGGACAGCCGCCGGCCGCUUUUUAGAGGUGUCUGUGUGUUCUUUCAACCACCAACAUCGGGAUUCCCAUUUGUGAAUAAACCAUUCCGAUGCAAGCUCACUCUUGAACUGGGUUUCUAGUGCUGUGAAGAAGAACUACCAGUGAUGAUUCCCCCUCUGCCCCUGCCCCUCUCUCCCUCUCCCCCCUGGCGAGCGGCUCAAUGCUGAACACUGUAUAACUUAUAUUGUAAGAAAAUACUGUACAUUUUUUCCCCCGGACGAAGACUCUUGCGUCUGUUUAGCUGUAAAGAAACCGCUUGGAGCCAGUGUCUGAGGCACAGUCGUAGACGACCGGGAGGAAUGUUGAAGGGUACGGACCGAGACAAACGAGGUCAAAGCAGGCAAAAUGGACAAAACAGCCAACUGUUGGGUUUUUUUGUUCUCUCUCUCUCUCUCUCUUUCUCUUUCCUCACUCACUGGCUCGAGUUGAUGCAUUAAAAAUAAAUUAAUCCAAGGUGUAACCAAAUCAUCCAUUCUAGGCUGCCGGGCCGCCGAACGUUCGGAAAUCCGAACAUUCGGAAAGCGGGAUGGUUUCAGGGCAAUCGGUGUGAUAUAUUCAGCUUGUCGCCGAGGCGAACGUUUCCCAGGCCUGUACACAUUGUGAACAAGUUCCUGUAAUUGUUGUUUGUAUGUAUAAUUCAAAGCACCAAAAUAAGAGGAGAUGUAGAUUACUUUCAUCCUAUGAUACAGAUCUGAAUGGUUGUAUAAAUUUUACUUACUGCUAGUGUUAAGAAUUGCGCUUUUUUUUUG